UCAUCAAACCUGUUAUUGAAUUAAAAGUUCAUGCAAGAUAAACUACAUUGAUUUUCAGUAGUAAUAUAAAAAGUGAGUACCACAAAACGGUAUGUUAGACUUUGCAUAUUUAGGAGAUAGUCGCAAAGAAUCGUAGCCUGAGUUUAUACGGCGAGGAACUACAAGGCACUUUUAUUUCGAAAGCCUCAAUCGGAUAUCGUACAUUCUAAGUUCUAGCCUGAUGCGUCUCCUGUGCUUACGUGCUGAGUUCGCACUACUUUUUAGGGAACCAGACGCGAGCCCCGUCCCGGAGCGACGAUGCUCCCGCACAGCGAGGCGGUGGUAGCGGCUGCUUUGGCCUUCCUUCUCCUCCUCUCGGCGGUGGCGGAGGCCCAGUACGAGAAGUAUAGCUUCAAGAGUUUCCCCGCCAAGGACGUGAUGCCGCUGGACUCUGCGUACAACUACGCACUGGAGCAGUACGCGGCGCACAACUGGGCAGAGAGCGUCAAGUACCUGGAACUCAGCUUGAGGCUCCACCGGCUGCUGCGGGACAGCGAGACGUUCUGCGGCCGCAACUGUAGCACCGUCAGCCGGAGGAAGGACGACGCAGAGCCAGUGGUGGCGGAGGAGGACGUCAGCCUCCGCGUCGUGCGCCACAUCCUGCUGAGAGCGGCUUGCUUGAAGAAGUGCAAGGCGAACUUUCCGGUGUUUAAACUCGCACACCCCCGGAGGGAUCUACUGGAGAGCUUUGAGAAAAGGACCCCAUAUCGAUACAUUCAGUAUGCAUACUACCAGCUCAACAACUUGGAGAAGGCGGUGUCGGCGGCCCACACCUUCCUCAAGAAGAACCCCAAAGACCCCCCACUGACCAAAAACAUGAAGUACUACAAGACGCUGGUGGACGUGGACGAAUAUCUCAUCGACCACGAGGAGCAGCCCUACGAGAGUGUGUUUGUGAAGAGUGUGUUGCUCUACAACAACGGAGACUUCAGUAGUAGCGCUCGCCACAUGGAGCAGGCCAUCACCUCCUAUCUGGACGUCUACGCACUCUGUCUGGACGGAUGCGACGGCUCCUACGAGAUUUUGGAAUUCAAGGAUUUCUAUCCCACCUUGGCAGAUUUGUACCUGGAGGCGCUAAAAUGCAAGGUGGGCUGCGAGGAGCAUCUGACCCCCAGCGUGGGCGGCUUCUUUGUGGAGAAGUUUGUGGCCACCAUGUACCACUACCUCCAGUUUUCAUACUACAAACUCAACGACGUAAAGAGCGCCGCCCCGUGCGCCGCCAGCUACAUGCUCUUUGACCCCGGCGACCAGGUGAUGCGACAGAACGUGGACUACUACGGCUUCUACCGGGAACAGUGGGGCCUCCAGGAGAAGGACUUCCAGCCUCGGCCUGAGGCCCUGAGAUAUUUCAAGCGGACCACCAAGCAGAAGGAGAUGCUGCAGUUUGCACUCAACUACCUUCAAACGGACGACGAGGGUGAGGUGAAUCCCGAGCACGCCGACGCCUCCCGAGCAGAGCAUCCCGACGCAGAGUUUGAGGGCAUGGGUGACUAUGAGGAGUCCAUCCUGUCAGAGUGGUGGCAGGAGCCCAAAACCAAGUGGGACACGGGCGAGGUGGAGGAAUGACCCUUUCACCCCCCCUCACACUGGAGCCUGAAGAAGAAGAAAGAGGAGGAACUCAUCAUGUUGAUCAAGAUGACAGGUUGACAUGUUCUCUCUUUGGCUGUCAUCAGCCUUUUAACUUUCAUUUCUCUUACUUGGUCUUCCUGUGCAGUCACAUUCUCACUUUUUACCGCAACAAAAGCAGGAAAACCAAGGCCACAUUUGACAUUUCUCUUCACAAAAGCAUUGGUCAAUGAAAUAUAUUAAAUAUGAUUGUUUUCUAUUGUACAUUAACUCUAUUGUUCAUUCUGGAUAAUUUAUUAUUGUUUGUUUUAUUUCUGGAAGAAGAAAAAAAGA